CCUGAUAACAACAUUGUUGGAGAAGUUGGCGAAGACUCGUUGAAGAUAACAGAACGAGAAAGCUGAAGACGGAAAACUAUAAAUUGGACAUCAUUGGACUACCCGCUGAAUGAACGAGGAUAGCACGUUAAAAUUAUACUACGCAGUUGGUGACCAGUGCAACGUAAUUGACUGUUUUGUUGGUAAGAGUUUUACGGCGCUCGAAACUCACGGAUUGAAACAGAGUCGCCAAGAGGGGAAGAAUUCUUGCAAAUAAAUAACUGUUUUGUGUGUGUGUGAACUACACGGAGCAGCUGUUCGGGCUACAUGAUAAAGCCAAAUUUGGCGAUGGAUUUCGGAACCGUCUCAAUGAGAAGUCGAGCUGCUACAGUUAUUGUGGUGCUAUCCGUCUGUCUGACUGUUUCCAACGCAAAAGUGGACAACACCACGGGGACCAACGGGUCAGGGGUCAACCAAACACCUCCUGGAAACAACAGUACAGGAAUUGGUCCCACACUGGCCACAGACGUGCAGGUGCAGUCGGAGAUAGAGUGUGCGCGUGUCUGCUUCAUGAACAAGACUUACAGCGACGCCUGCUGCAUGGUUUUAUUCAAGCAUGAACAACAACAGGGCCUGUACUGUGGGUUGAAUAUUGAAUGGAGGGAUCCGGACACAAUCACAAGCAAAGAUGUUGCUGUGCACGUUUACCAACAGGAGAACUCGACCACAGACCUGCAAGCCCCCAGCUGUUCCACCUUCAUAGUGCUUAGUGAGAACCAGACCAGGACUAUGUCAUCUCCCGCCAACGUGACGUCACAACCCUGUCGACUGCUGGUGUCAGCACAGCCAGGCCAGCGGAUCAAAAUGUCCGCCCAGCUGUUAUGUAACCAAGGAUGCACAACCGAAGACGUUUUAUUCAUAGACAAUGUUCUCGGAUUUGAGACGUCAUCGACACAUCAACUAUCGCAACCGAUCGCCGUGUGCCUGGGUUCAAAUUCCAGCCAAUCAGAACACGCGGUGCUUCUUUCGACCAAUGACGGGUACUUUCUGUGGGAGUUGUGGUUAGGUAGCGGAUCUGCAGCCUCGUACAAUAUAACCCUGUCUGCUGAGAGCAUAUCUGACCCUCCAUGCUCCGAAUGUACCCAUUGGACCUCAGGAGUCUCGACAUCGGAAGCUGGCUACCCCUGCAAUCGAGAAUCGAGAUUCAAACCUGUGCCAAAACAUGAUAACCUCACAAAUGUAGCUGCUGAAACCACGACGUCCACAUCUAAUCUGACGUCUCCCACCGAUGAGAUAGGCAACAGUUCACUAACAACUAGAAACAUAGUUCCUACACAUACUUCUGAACUUCCCUCAAACACGAAGCCUUCAGUCGGGACUUCAAUUGCAACACAUUCUGGUAUUCCAACAUUUCAGGCCUCUUACCAUCUAGCAACACCCACACUUCAGAUGCCGUCUCAUAAUUCCAAGACACUUGUAGACCAAGUAUCAUAUGGGAAUUGGGUGGCUUCCACUAAUCCGAUAUCAUUUGAGAAAUCCGCGGUAACUUCAGCAAUAAUAUCUUUUGGAGGUUCAAUAGAAUACUCAGAGAUGGUAUCAUAUGAAAAUUCUGUGAUAUCUUCAGGGCCGAUGCCAUCUCUGAAUCUAACAUUAAACGAACUAGUGGCAUCUGAUAAUUUGGUAAAAACCUCAGUAUCUCCUAAGAAUUUGGUAACAUCUUCAGAACUAGUAUCCUCUGAGAAUUUGGUAACAUCAUCAAAACUAGUAUCCUCUGAGAAUUUGGUAACAACCUCAGUAUCAUCUGAGAAUUUGGUAACAACCUCCAUAUCAUCUGAGAAUUUGGUAACAGCAUCAGUAUCAUCUGAGAAUUUGGUAACAGCAUCAGUAUCAUCUGAGAAUCUGGUAACAGCAUCAGUAUCAUCUGAGAAUUUGGUAACAUCUUCAGAACUAGUAUCAUUGGAGAAUUUGGUAACAUCCUCAGUAUCUUCUGAGAAUUUGGUAACAUCUUCAAUACUAGUAUCAUCUGAGAAUUUGGUAACCUCAUCAGAACUAGUACCAUCUGAGAAUUUGGUAACACCAAUAGAGCUAUUAUCAUCUGAGAAUUGGGUAAUAUCAACAGAGACUUCUGAGAACAUGGUAUCACCUACAGAAUUAGCACCGUCUGACAAUUGGAUGACUACCACAGGACUACAUUCAUCUGACAAUUGGAUGACUACCACAGAACUACAUUCAUCUGACAAUUGGAUGACUACCACAGGACUACAUCCAUCUGACAAUUGGAUGACUACCACAGAACUACAUUCAUCUGACAAUUGGAUGACUACCACAGAACUACAUUCAUCUGACAAUUGGAUGACUACCACAGAACCAAGUUCACAUGAGAAUUGGGUAACAUCUGCAAGACUAAUAUUAUCUGAAAAUUCCGCAACUCACACGAUGAUGUUUGAGACUGGAAACUUAUUAACAGUUAUAGAAACAUUAUCACCUGAGUAUUCAGUGACAUUCACUACACUGCCAUCAUCUGGAUCUUUAAUAAAGCCAUCAGAAACCUUUUCUCCCGGGGGAGUAGUGACCGCUUUUGAGCUAUUAUCCUCUAGAGCUGACGUGGAACCGAUAUCACUGGGAACUGCUUCCAAACCGUUAGCUUCCGGAACCGAACAGGUUUCGAAAAACACGAUUUCCCGUGUGACGUCAUCAAGACCUCCAGCACCUGCCGUGACCAUCAAAGCUUCCUCGACAAUGGUACAAAGUGUAGGAGAGACUUCAGGACCGCCAGAGACCAACGUGAGUACAGCCAGACCCCAUCCACAGGGGUACAGCGGCGGCGGAGGAAGCAGUGCGACAGUGGGGGCGGUUGCGGGUGGUUCUGUCGCUGCUGUAGUAGUGGCCGGCGCAGGGACUGCUGGUCUGCUCGUGCUGUACAGGCGGUGGAGACAGAUGGGGAGAGUGGCGCCCAGAAAACAAACAGCGGAAGAAACCGACCCUGAGAUAGAGAUGCCUAUGUCGCCUUCUCCGAAACCUACAACGACUUGAACUUGAGGCAGCAAUAACGACCAUAACCAGAACUUUCUGCAAUAAUAUUAUUAAUCUAUCGAGUCAUUCAAUCAAUAAAAUUACUUACCGUUGUUCAUACCGUCCAAUAACUUAACAAUAAAUAAAACUGCAGAGCAUUUUCUAAAAA